AUGGACAAGUUCGUAAUUAAAAAAAAGCAAAGUAAUGAGUCGCCUUCGCCCUCGCCUUCGUGUUCCUCUGUUAGUUAUCAUCGUUAUGAAGAAUCAGCUACUAACGCGGACACGGAUAGUAAGAGUAGCAGUGAACAUGAAAAUGAAAGCAACGAUGAAUUGGUGACUUCUCAAAAUCCAACUAAAAAGAGAAAAUUUUAUAAACAGAAAUUCAGACCAGAAUGGCGAGAAGAAUUUACUUUUGUUGAAACGGAUAAGUCUGGAACAAAGAGUAAAGUGUGUAAUAUAACAAUUCAGGGUUCACUUUCUCACAUAAAAAGACAUGCUCAAAGGAAGUCUCACAUUGAUAACUACAAUGCAGCAAAGAAAACACCAAAAAUUUCAUCAUUGUUAAAAACUGCAAAAUUAACUUUGGCCAAACAAAUUAGCAAAGCUGAAAUAAAAAUUGUGUUUUUUUUGUGUGAGAACAAUCUGCCAUUUGCUUUAGCAGAUAAACUUACAGAACUGCUAAAAGAUGAAGUUUUUAAAAAUCCUGAUGUGAUUCAAGGUAUCAAAUUGAAAAGGACCAAGGCCACGAAACUUGCUAACAAUGUAUUAGGGCCAAAAGCAAAGCUGCAUAUUAAAAAUAAAUUAAUAACAGAAAAACAGUCAUUAAUUAUUGAUGAAACUACAGAUGUUAGUAUAAAAAUAAGUUUAGUCAUAAAUAGUCGCUUCUAUAAUAGCGAUGUGAAGAAGGCUGUGAAAGAUCAUUUUGUUGAUCUUGUUGACGUAGAAGACAGUUCAGCAAAGGGUAUAUUUGCUUGUGUCAAAAGUGUGCUUGACAAAAAUAAUGUGCCAUAUGCAAAUAUUGUUGGAUUUGGUUCCGACAAUGCAAAUGUAAUGAUGGGGGAAUUCAAUAGUGUCAAGCAAAAAUUAACAGAAAUUUGUCCAGGAUUAGUAGCACAAGGAUGUGCUUCACACACAUUGCAUUUAAUUGCUUCACAUGCAGCCAAAAAACUGCCAAAUGUUGUUGAACAAUUUGUACGUGACAUUUAUAACCAUUUCAGUAAUAGUUCUAAAAGGACACAUGAGCUUAAAGAAUUUCAAAUAUUUGUAGAAGAAAAACCACGGAAAAUGUUAAAACCCAGUCAAACGCGGUGGUUAUCAUUAAGAGAAGUAUGCAAUAGAGUACUUGAGCAUUGGAAUUCUUUAGUUCUGUAUUUUCAACACGCUGUGCUUGAAGAUCAUUUGCCAUCGGCAAAAUCUGUGUUAACCGCUUUAACUAAUCAUAUUUACAAACUUUAUACAAAAAGAACCAUCGCCAACGCCAACGCCAUUGCUAUCGCCACAACCAUCUACCAGUGGAAGUAG